CCCUGCCAGUGGAACAGGCGGGCUGAGGCAGCUUCCCCAGUAUGGGCAGAGCCAUGGGGCUGGCUGGGCUCCUGCUGGGGCUCGUCAUAGUCCCCGCCGUGCUGGUGAGCACCAACCUCCGCCACGGCACCCCGCGGACCGAGGCCGAGCCGGAGCCGUCCGGCUGGGAGCUGGCGGCAGACGCCGUCCCCGAGGACUCGCUGUGGCCGCUGCCGCAGUGGGUCCGCACGUAUCCUCGCCAGCUGCAGCUAGCGCCCAGCCGCUUCCAGCUGGUGCAUGGCACCGGCUCCUCGGCGGGGCCGGGCUGCGGGCUGCUGCAGGACGCCUUCCGCAGGUACUAUGAGUACAUGUUCGGGCAUUCCCGGCGGCGGACGUGGGGCAGGCCGCUGGCUGCCCGAGCGGAGCCCGAGCUGUUCCAGCUGCAGGUGGUGAUCGAGGCGGGGGACCCUGGCUGUGACAGGCACCCGCACCUCGCCUCCAGCGAGGCCUACCAUUUAACUAUAACUGAACCUGUGGCUAUACUGAAAGCUUCUGAGGUAUGGGGUGCUUUAAGAGGUUUGGAAACCUUCAGCCAAUUGGUUCAUGAAGAUGACUAUGGAAGUUUUCUUGUCAAUGAAUCUGAAAUCAGUGACUUCCCAAGAUUUGCUCAUAGAGGAGUCUUAUUAGAUACUUCAAGGCAUUAUUUACCAUUGAAAUCCAUUCUUACAAACCUGGAUGCCAUGGCUUUUAAUAAGUUCAAUGUUCUCCACUGGCAUAUAGUAGAUGAUCAGUCCUUCCCUUACCAGAGCAUUUAUUUCCCUGAAUUGAGUGAUAAGGGGGCAUACUCCUCUAAUCUCAUCUAUACUCCUGCUGAUGUCCGUCUGGUGAUUGAGUAUGCCCGGUUAAGAGGCAUCAGAGUUAUACCAGAGUUUGAUACACCAGGACACACGCAGUCUUGGGGAAAAGGUCAAAAAGAUCUUCUCACUCCGUGUUACAAUGGAGGACAGCCAACUGGGUCUUUUGGACCUGUAAAUCCUGUUUGGAAUACAACUUACGACUUCAUGACUAAGUUCUUUAAGGAGAUCAGCAGUGUAUUUCCAGAUGAAUUCAUUCAUUUGGGAGGAGAUGAAGUGGACUUCAGUUGUUGGAAAUCUAACCCUGAGGUGAAAGAGUUCAUGAAGAAGCAAGGUUUUGGCACUGACUAUGCUAAACUGGAAUCUUACUAUGUUCAGAACAUUUUAGACAUUGUUUCCUCCUACAACAAAGGACAAAUGGUCUGGCAAGAAGUGUUUGAUCACAAAGCGCAACUGAAACCGGACACCGUAGUUCAGGUGUGGAUGGCAAAUAACUAUGCUCGUGAACUGAGCAGAGUCACAGGAGCUGGGUUCACUGCUGUCUUGUCAGCACCGUGGUACCUAGACUACAUUAGUUAUGGGCAAGACUGGAAGAAAUACUACAGUGUUGAACCACUUAAAUUCCCUGGAUCUGACGAACAGAAGAAACUUUUAAUAGGUGGAGAAGCUUGCUUGUGGGGGGAGUUCGUGGAUGCAACUAACCUGACACCAAGAUUAUGGCCUCGAGCAAGUGCUGUUGGGGAAAGACUCUGGAGCAGCAGCAAUGUGACCAACUUGCAGGAUGCCUACAAAAGGCUAACUAAUCAUCGAUGCCGCAUGCUCCGCCGUGGCAUAGCGGCCGAACCAGUGUUUGUUGGAUACUGUGCCCAUGAAGCAAGAGGGCCAUAACUGCUGCAAAGACUUCUUGUCAACAGCCUGAAGUGCCUCGGGGAUAUGAAUACGUAUGUGUGGUUUCGUAUCUGAAUCAAGACUUGAAAUUUUCACUUUUAAAAUAAAAUUAUUUGACAGCC